GUCAGAUCUGGCUGAACGUGACGAGCCGACUCGGAGCCGAGCGAGGUUUCCUGGCGGAGCUGCGGAGGGAGCAGGAGUUGAGCGGGUUUGUCUGUCUGUCUGUCUGUUCGUGUGUCUAUCCGCCGCCGCAGUCGCUGUCUGCCUGGGAUAUAAAAACAAAACAAUACACCCCCGAAAACUCAUCUUUACGGCUUCAACGGUCUGGAGACGGCAUCCACGGCUAUGGACCCAUCGAUGUCCUCCUGUUAUCCACACUGAGCGACGUUACUCCGUCGGAUGCUCCAGUGCCCAGAGGAGAGGAGGAGGAGGAGGGGGUAUCCCUAUCAUUUUUCGACUGCCAGGCUGACUCACUACUGGACCGCCUGAAAACUGAAGAACUCUGAGAGAACAAGAGAGUGAAGGGAACACUGUAAAAGAGGGAGUGAGAAGAAAGGAAGGAAGGAGGGAGGGAGGGAAAGAGGGAGCAAGAAAAGUAAAGACGGUGAGGAACACUAGACGGGAAGAGAGGCAGCAGGAGAAAGUCAGGUUGGGUCAGAAGGGCAAGAGGAGGAAAGAGUAAGUGAUAGUGGACAAGAGAAGUAUAAUUAUUCAUCUAUUAGGCAGUGAGUGGAAGAAUUUCAAGUCUGAUGAGAAUAAGUCAAGCGGUCAGACGGACAGCUGACUGAGCUUCAGACAAACCCACUGUCCUGCUAACCCUCCAACAACUGUCCCUUCACGGUCACCAUACUGGGAGAGCUGGGAGAACUGGUCACGAGGAGAAGCCACCAUGAGCGACCAGAACGUCGUCAAGGAAGGCUGGGUCCAGAAAAGAGGAGAGUACAUCAAGAAUUGGCGACCACGCUACUUUCUGCUGAAGACAGACGGCUCUUUCAUCGGCUACAAGGACAAACCACAAGACUCUGACCUGGCCUACCCACUCAACAACUUCUCUGUAGCAAAAUGCCAGCUGAUGAAGACGGAGCGGCCAAAGCCAAACACCUUUAUCAUCCGCUGUCUGCAGUGGACGACAGUCAUCGAAAGAACUUUUCAUGUUGACACUCCUGAUGAGAGGGACGAGUGGGCUGAGGCCAUCCAGAUGGUAGCAGAGUCACUAGCCAAGCAGGAGGAGGAGGGCAUCUUGUGCAGCCCCACCUCCCAGAUUGAAAACGUCAACGAGGAGGAGAUGGACACCUCCAUUAGCCACUACAAACGAAAGACAAUGAAUGACUUUGACUAUUUGAAGCUUCUGGGCAAAGGCACUUUUGGUAAAGUCAUUCUGGUGAGGGAGAAGGCGAGCGGCACCUACUACGCCAUGAAAAUCCUCAAAAAAGAAGUCAUCAUUGCCAAGGAUGAAGUUGCUCACACUCUCACAGAAAGUAGGGUUUUAAAAAAUACUCGGCAUCCAUUCCUAACUUCUCUGAAGUAUUCAUUCCAGACAAAGGAUCGGCUGUGCUUUGUAAUGGAGUAUGUCAACGGAGGAGAGCUAUUUUUCCACUUGUCAAGAGAGAGAGUUUUUUCAGAGGACCGCACCCGUUUCUAUGGCGCUGAGAUCGUCUCUGCUUUAGAUUAUUUGCAUUCUGCCAAGAUUGUGUACCGUGAUCUGAAGCUGGAGAACCUCAUGUUGGACAAAGAUGGCCACAUCAAGAUCACUGACUUUGGUCUCUGCAAAGAAGGCAUCACUGACACUGCCACUAUGAAAACCUUCUGUGGAACACCGGAGUACUUGGCUCCUGAGGUGCUAGAGGACAAUGACUAUGGACGUGCAGUGGACUGGUGGGGUUUGGGCGUGGUGACAUAUGAGAUGAUGUGCGGACGCCUGCCCUUCUACAACCAGGACCACGAGAAGCUGUUUGAGCUCAUCCUCAUGGAAGAGAUAAAAUUCCCACGAACCCUGUCAGCUGACGCCAAGUCACUCCUGUCAGGGCUGCUCAUUAAGGACCCCAACAAACGGUUGGGCGGUGGACCGGAUGACGCUAAGGAGAUCAUGCGGCACAGUUUCUUUGGCACAAUCGACUGGCAGGACGUCUACGACAAGAAGUUGGUACCACCCUUCCAGCCUCAGGUCACCUCUGAGACAGACACGCGCUACUUCGAUGAAGAGUUCACAGCACAGACCAUCACCAUCACUCCACCGGAAAAAUACGAUGAGGACGGGAUGGAUGCAGCAGACAACGAGCGAAGGCCUCAUUUCCCACAGUUCUCCUACUCGGCCAGUGGCCGAGAGUGAGCUCCAGCCCAGCCAGGCAGUAUCGUCCCCAUUUGUGGCCAUUUUGAGGAAAACGCGUAGCCAUUUUAGGAAAAAAAAACAAAAACAAAAA